GACUAAUUUAGAACUUGCAGAUUUGAGCUGCCCGAAUUGGCUAGACAGCUGUAAUCGCACUCCUCCUAGUCUUAAUCUCUUUAUCUGGGCAGCAGCUGCCAUAUGGCCUCAGUCAGCUGGAUCAGAUGUUUAUAAGCCUCCUUCUUCGUCCCUCUCUGUCCUCGGAGCCUCCUAAUUUGAUCGCUGCUACCUUGCGAGCUGUCCUACAAUCUUUAUUUUUAGCCAUCUUUAAGGAUUAGGAUUGAUGUAGACUACAGGGCACUUAAAGUGAUUGUAUUGUAAAUCUGCUGUGGGCUUCUUCUUUGGGGAGGAUGUUCCAUUUCUCCAUAGAUUUGGGGAGGAGAUUGAAAAGGAGGAGGGCUUGGCUUGGGGUUGGCUGUCCCAAGUCCUCCCCACCGAGGCCCCCUCAUUAACGAAGGUCUGAGCGUUGUUUAAGGGGGGGUUGGCUUGGUAUCCCAAUCAGAUUUAAAUGAAGAUUCAAAUGAGUUUAUUUAUGCUCGCUGGUUGAACAUGGUGCCCAUGAUGCAUUUUUUGAGAAGGGAGCAGUCUCCACGGGUAACAGGUUAUGAAGACAGCAUGGAGUUUCCGGACCACAGCAGACAUUUACUGCAGUGUCUGAGCGAGCAGAGGCAUCAGGGCUUCCUGUGCGACUCCACCGUCCUGGUGGGCGAUGCCCAGUUCCGCGCCCACCGUGCCGUGCUGGCCUCGUGCAGCAUGUACUUCCAUCUCUUCUACAAGGACCAGCUAGACAAGCGGGACGUGGUGCAUUUAAAUAGUGACAUUGUAACGGCGCCAGCAUUCGCACUGCUCCUCGAGUUUAUGUACGAGGGCAAGCUGCAAUUCAAGUCCCUGCCCGUGGAGGACGUGCUGGCAGCUGCCAGCUAUCUGCACAUGUACGACAUUGUGAAGGUGUGCAAAAAGAAGCUGAAACACAAGGCCACGGCCGAGGCGGACAGCACCCGGCGCGAGGAGGACGCCUCCAGCUGCUCGGACCGAGCCGAGAGCCUCUCAGAGGGCGGCAGCGCCAACCUGCUGGCUAGCGAUGACGACGAGGACGAGAGCAAGAGAGACAACCAGUGCCCGCAGGAGCCGGCCAGGAUUUGGGCACGGCUGGCAUCAGAGCGCACGACCAGCCCCGGAGAGGCCGAGGCACAUGGCAAGUCGCCUGCUGCUGCCGCCGCAAGUCCCAGCAGCUCUACAGGUUCACUCUGCCCAACUGGUGACUGCGCACUCGACUUGUCGGUAAAAUCAAGCAUUAGCGCCACUCCAAGUGAAGCCAGGAACCCGUAUUUGUGCGGCUCUGCGACUCCAGACAGUCUGCACAGCGCUCUGGUGCAAGUGAAGGUGGAGAAAGACACAGGCUCAGAUGAUGAUGAGCUGCCCAGCACCGAGUACGAGAUGGAGCACAGCGGCUUAAAGGAGGAGACGGCAAAUGCUAACGGCAUGCACGGCGGUCACAACGGACACAGCGUCCAGCGGCUAGGACUCGGUCUGGAGGCACACCUUACUGCACUGCGAGAGGCCUCUCUGGAUCGUGACAGCAAGGACGAUGGAGAUGGCGAGGUGCUAGGAGGUGAGAGUGAUCGGGCACAGGAGAGCCCGCUGCUGCCCUACGUGUCAGGCAUGUUGGGUGCGGCUCACGCCCAGAUCUUCAUGUGCCCCCUGUGCAACAAGGUGUUCCCUAGUCCACACGUGCUGCAGAUCCACCUGAGCACACACUUCCGUGAGCAGGAAGGUGCACGCACUAAACCCACAUCCGGCGACGUCAACGUGCCCACAUGCUCCAUCUGCGGCAAGACGUUCUCGUGCAUGUACACGCUGAAGCGGCACGAGCGGACACACUCGGGCGAGAAGCCCUACACGUGCACCACAUGCGGCAAGAGCUUCCAAUACUCACAUAACCUGAGCCGGCAUGCCGUGGUGCACACGCGUGAGAAGCCACACGCCUGCAAAUGGUGCGAGCGGCGCUUCACGCAGUCCGGAGACCUGUACCGUCACAUCCGCAAGUUCCACUGCGAACUCGUCAACUCGCUCUCAGUGAAGAGCGAGGCACUCAGCCUUCCCACUCUCCGAGACUGGCCACUCGAGGAUAGCUCGCAAGAACUGUGGAAAUGAAAGCAAACAAUAAACAAACAAAACUGCUUUUUAAGUUAAGACAGAGCGAGCAAGAGAGGCAGAGAGGUAAGGAAGUAGGGAGGCAGGAAGAUGGUUCAAAGGUCUGCAUCAGUCAUGUUUCUUAUAAUACAUUGCUUAUCUCGUUAAAUUGCACUUUACUAGCACAUGAAAAUGUUACUACUGAUUUUUAUUUUCUGGUCAGUUUUGUUUUGUUUUUUUUCUUUCCUAUUCUUUUAUUAGACAUGGGGGAUGGCUACAGCUGUCACCUUUGACAUAAAAUGUGCAACUCUAGAUUUGACAGUGUAUAUAUGUACACUUGUACACUCCUUGAUUUUAUUUAACAUCCUUGCCAUGAGAACGCAAUCUGAAGAUUUCAGGUAAUACACUGAGGAAGUUCAGAACUGAGAACCAUUACACUAAACGGGUACUACGACCUUCUAUUGACCUGUACACAUAAGGCUCAAUUCUGAGUAUGUGUAUAUAUCGUGCACUACUACUAUACGUUUAUUUUGCAAAUCUCAUACUGGUGUGUGAGAGUGGCUGCGCGCGCGCGUGUGUGUGUGUGUGUGUGUGUGUGUGUGUGUUUGUGUGUGUCCAUGCACGCAAACACAGUAUGUUAACAAGUAAGUCCUUUAAAUCCUGCGAGGAUGUUCGCUCGAAAAAGCUCCAAGCUUGUGUUAUUUAGGCUCUUGUAAGAUUUUUGGAUUAUUAUUUUUUUUUGUUUUGUUUUGUUUUUGUUUUGGGACUUUGGUGAUAGGAAACCUGACUGAUAGAAGACAAAAGGCACUCAUGCAAUGUACAGCCUCCUUUUUCACAACAACCAACACCUUUUUCUAUCAUUUAACGAUUGGGCUGACGAGUCGACGUCUUUCAUUUAGUUAGCAAAACCCUCAACACUUGUGUUCUGCUGAGAAUGGGUUUUCAUUUGCUGCAUUUCUAGCGAUUUUUUUCCGUAGUGUUUUACGAAAUGAUUUGGUUUGUUUUUCGGGGGAAAAAACAAGGGGAGAAAAAAAAAAAAAAAAAAACCUGAGAUCUGUUGUUGCAUGAUGUCCAACCUGUAUAUUUAAGAUGUGAAUUGCUGUAUUGCUGUACACUGUAAUAGACAGAGUCGUUACAGUCAGGGCACCCGUCUGUUUAAAUAAAAAAAAAAUCUAUAUAUAUAUUAUAUAUUUACCUUAAUAUUACAGCUGUAGAAACUGCAUGAAUUUUAUUUAACUAUUAUUUCUGUUGUUUUGCAUUGGAAAGUGUAUUUUUUAAUUAAGUCAUUUGCUUCCUAAGUAGUCUUUUUCUUUUUCUUCUUUUUUUUAUUUUAUUUUAUUUUAUUUUUUUUAUUCUAUAAGCUCUCACAUGGAGAGAGACUCCUGUUAAGAUGCUCUACUGGGCUGUGAAGAUUGUGUUAAUGCACUGAUGUUAGGCUGCAGUACGUCUCUGGCCAAGCGAUCUCGAGUGUGUCGCAUGGAGCUGGGUGUCAGCAGAGGCUUCACGUCUCUGAACAUCUUUUCCAAAGCUAGUGGCGCUCCUGCUUAGCACCUCCUCACGCACUGCUGUUCUCCACUGCUGGUCUCCCAACUGCUGUCUUCGUCUCAUGUUUACUCGCUGUUAGCGUUUAAAAAGUGUCGCCUUUUUUUUUUCCCUUUCAUUUGGGGGGGUUCGUGGGGGGGUGGGGGUUGUAAUUUAUUUAUUUAUCUGUUCGAUUGGCACUUGCAUCAAAUUCCACGGGCAUGAAGAUUCAGUUGCCAUGAAAACCCAUAUGACACUGUGUCAGUUCCUGUAAAAGAUGGGCUCAGCAGAUCUACUGUGUAUGGCGAACACUGAAGAAUCAGCAAACAGCAUAAAGCUCCGGGUGUGUGUGUGUGUGUGCGUGUGUGUGUGUGUGAUUUGUAUAGUUCCUAUUUAACAGGAGAAAAUGUUUGCCAUGUUUGGUUGCACCUUUAAAAAUGAAAUUAGAUGCUGAAAAGAUGCCUUUAAAAUUUUAACUCUUGAUCAAAAUUAUUGCAUUAUUGCAGAAAUACCAGAGUUAUAAAUGCUAGAUUAUUGAAGAAUUAAAAUAGCUACACUGCUGUAGAUUAAUUGAUUUAUUAUUUUUCUUUCUUUCUUUCCCUCUUUAUCAUCGUGUAUGUGAUUUUUUAUUUUAUUUUAUUUUUUAUUUUAUUUAUUUUUAUUACUUUUUUUGAAAAUAUAUUUCUUUAUUUUUGUUUUGUAUAAAUUAACAUCAGCUGUCAUUUUCUUACUGAAUGUGCAAACAUUUGAACAAAAGGCUCAAGAUAUUUGUUAGUUAAAAAAAAACCCAGAAAAGACAAAAAAAAACUAAAAGGAAAAGCAUAAAUUUGGAAAAGUGUUGUUGGAGCCUCGGACAAUAACACUCGAGCAGGAGUGAAGUUAAAGCGAGAGAAGAAGAGAGGACGAGAGUGGAGAGCUCGCGUGCCUCUAUGGCCUCAUGGGCCCUGAGCUUCCCUGUAUACAAUAGGUUGGUGCAACAGCUAGUGGAAUGGGGUGAUUUUUUUGUUUUUUUUUGGCCAACAGCGCAUGCUCCUCGUGCCGUUUUGCACGGUGGUACUUUUACCUUUUGCACUCUAAAAUGUGAAAGAAACAAAAAUGAUCUGUAGGGGGAGGGGUGGUGUUUUUCUGAGACAGGUUUUUUUUUCCCCUCCUGCUUUUGUUUUCUGCUGGCUUCUACUAUCGUACUUGACCGCCUUAAACUACUGUCAACAGCCUACUGAUGCUCAGAGCGGGAGAACUGGAACUGGCAAGUUACGGGAUGUAUUUUUAUUUCACUUCUGUUCACUGGCAAUGAAGCUGUGAAACGGAGUAUGAAGCAUGUCCACAAAACAGACGAACCUUUAGUUUACUUGAAAACUGGAAACAGCCAGCGUGAAGACGAACAACAGAAUUUAAACCGAGUGUGUAGGAGGUGGAGGAGAAUAAAAAUAAAGUUAUGUCAAAAAAAAAAAAAGGACAAUCGCUUUUCUGAAAAAGAGGCAGAUUGACUGACUUCACAUGUAUUUGCUUCCCUUUUGAGAGUUUGGUAUGUUCACAUUGUUCUUUUUAUGGAGUUAGACCGUUAGCUUUGACAAUCAUAGUAUGUUUCAUUUUCUCAAGGGAAGUAAAUUAUGAGGCUGUUUAGUUUUGUACUUUUUGGUGUGCUGUUGGUGAAAUUUUUAAAUUGUGUGCAAACUGCAAUAAAUUAUAAGUACCUUCA